GUUAUUGAGUUUUUCAAGGCUGGUUCUCCUCCGUGGCUGCCUAUUGAUCGUGGUGAUAAGGAUGAUGCGGGUAAGGAGUCUGGUAAGUUUGCUUCUCAGCAGUCUAUAGGUUAUUUCUAUGUUGAUGGUCCUACUUCUGCUAAGGUUACUAUUGAUGUUGAGCUGAAGUUGACUAUUGCUUUGAAGGGGCGUAAGUGUUUGGGCGGAAAGAUGGAUAAUUCUGGGGCUAUUAAUGCUAAUAAUGCUGGUCAGUCUAUUGGUAAUGAGGACUUGGGGGAUAAUUUGGCUACUUCUUUUAUUGAUAAGGAUACGGAUAGUGUUGUUUAG